ACAGUUUUAGUACAGUCAUUUCAGUUAUUGCUAACAUGUGUCAUCAACAAGUACAGGUUGUCAUAUAACAUUUUCUUCCUUCUUCCUUUAUAUGAACUCCUUUGUCCUUUUUUCAAUUUUACACGCAUGUUUGCAGAUAAUAAUCAGUUCAUCUUUGUCCCCAUGCGGACUCAAUAGAAUAUAUCGUCAAGAUAGUUUGAUAAAUCUGUUGGUUUGGUAAAAAUGUAAAUUUGUAUUUGUGAAAUUCGUUUAGUUCGUCUGCAACCCAAGGUGCUAUGAAAAGAGACGCAAUUCAAGAAAAACGUUUGAAGGACAUACUUACAUUGAAUUAAUGUUAUUUCGUUUUGAAACUAGAAACUAGUACAACGAAGUCGAAAUCGUUCGUAAAGCACAUUUUAUAGAAAUAAAACUUCUUUCAGGACUGGAAAAAUAUACAUAGCUUUCUAUAAUGAAAACAGCAAGUUUCUUUUCGCUCUUGAAACAAAAUGGUCACGUUUUACUAUCAUUGUCUGGAAUAGGCUGUCUGGUACUAUCUUUGUUUUUGAUCGCGUCGUCUAACAGCGAAAGUGAUCGGAGGUACAACGAGAUAUUGGAUCAACUUGCAGAAAUGAAAAAAGGAGGAGGUUCCAUGAACGCGGACAUUGCGUUAACACAUGAAGGACUGAAAGGGAAACUGAGAAAAAAGAGAGGGGAUACUGAAAGUGAAAAUCGUACAAGGAGUAAAGGCGGUGCAGUAUACAUCAGAUGGGGCCGUAAAACAUGCCCAUGGAACGGCACAGAAUUAGUGUACCAAGGUAUUGCCGCGGGUUCUUGGUAUGGACAUAGUGGUGCAGCCUCUAACCACCAGUGCCUACCAAAUAAUCCUGUUUGGGGUCGUUAUACUGACAAAGCCGGGGCUGCGUUCAUGUAUGGUAUGGAAUUUCAGGAGACACUCGAUGGACUAAUGGACACGUCCAACGUUCAGAAACCGUUAACUAAUCACAAUGUCCCUUGUGCCGUUUGUAGAAGCAAAAAAAGAAUAACCUGUCUUAUGGUUCCCGCAAUGUAUGACUGUUUCAAUGGCUGGCAUCUGGAAUACCACGGAUAUCUAAUGGCUGGUUCUCAUGGUUCAUCUGCUGGUACCCAGUAUAUCUGCGUUGAUGAAGCACCGGAAGUGGACCAAGCCGGUUACAGGGACGAAAAUGGAGCCAUGCUAUACAGAGUUACAGGCCAAUGUGGUUCACUGCCUUGUCCAGAAUAUGUACAAAACCGAGAACUUGCUUGUGCUGUUUGCACAAAGUGAAAUGAACGUAUUAGAACAAACAUUCUGAUAUUUCAGUAUAUUACGGAGUCCUGUUUAAGCCACUGACUUUACGACAAGAUGGACACACGGCAAUUUGAAAUUAAGCCUUAAUUUAAACUUUAAACGUGUUUUUACACGACAAUUGUCGCUAUCAUAUACGUGUUGAAGUCAAUGAUGCGACAAUUGUUGUGCAAAUGCAACUGAUAGACUUAACUUGCAGGGUGAAAAGUAGAAAUUUUAAGGGUUUACAUUUACUUUUUAUGUCAGACCUUGUUUGCGCAACAAAGCAAAAUGACAGCUCUUAGAUCAAAGUAUUUGCGGCAGGAUAGAUUUUCAGCAGACCAUUUAUUACGUGUGUAUAAUUAUUAACUUUUCACCUAAUUCCGGUAAAGUGGCAGGAAAGGAGACGAGACGUACGUGCGAUGAAGGUACAGAACUGUCAAAAUCGAUUGCAAUGUUCUUUUGUGAUUAAAUGAAAUAGUUAAAAUAAUACCCGAAUAAAUUGUCCUGCCGAAAUUCUGUUUGUCUGGUCGAAAGUCGAUGGCGGAAACGGGAUUCUGUCGUAAAUUUACCAAUUCUUUAAAUAAUCAAUUACACGACAGUUUAAUUGUGCUCUAAAGUGUUACAAUGUAGCCAAUCUUACAAUUACUUAUUUAUACCGUUUUUUCCAUAUGACCAUAGUAACAUUCGUUAUCGGUGAUACUGUUAAUAUAUUUUUCAAUAUUCAUCAGGGACAUCGUACUUACAUAUAUGUUACAUGAUAACGUAUUAUAUCUUUCUUUAUUGUUCUUAGGAUAUAGAUAUUAAAUCUAUUCUUAGAUCUUACAUAUAAUUUUAAUCAAGCAUUUCAUAUAAGCUGCAGCAAGUUUAUUGACAUUUCGAGUACUCUUGAACUAUUUCUACGCCGUAGAACUUUUAUGCAGUGAUGUCUAUUUGAAUUACUCUUAAUUUCUUUGACUUUUACGCUGAUAUACAAUCAAACCAAGUCGCAAUGGACAUAUUUUUUUAUUUUCGAGAUAUAUAUAUGCUUCAUUUAUCGACACUUACUGCCAUUAUGUCAUGCAGACGCUGAAACGUCCUCAUUAACAGUUUAAAUAGUGUACAUAAUAUAAUCUUUAUCAUUCUGAACAUAACUUUAAAAAAAAAUAAUGUAAAACGAGUUUUAUUGUGCUAAUUUUUGACAAUUUUUAAAAUGCAUGCUGUUGUAUACUUGAAUGAAGAAGGAAAAAGAAUAUAUUAAGAUAUUUCCAAAUUAAUAAGUUUUAUGUAUAUAAAAUAAAGAAACCUGCACUUCGCACUGUUAUUUUUUAAAACCGAAUCAAGAAAUAUAUUUAUAUCUUUCUGACA